GUGCUACUGUCGAUAACCCAGCCUGGACUCCUCUUCAAGUUGGAAUUCAUCAAUCUACACAAGGAUUUGAUCGCUCUAAAAGGCCGAAACCAUCUCCGACGUCCAUUAAGUCCCUCGCCAAUCCAACCAUCCACGCCAUCUAUCCGCGGCGACCUAAACCUAACCAAUCAUGCUCUCCCAAACUCUCUAUAUAAAUAACCGAAACAAGUAGCCCAAUCCACUUCACCAACCCUCUGACCGAAAAAUUUUCAAUUUUUUCUCUUCCAAUUAACAAAGGUAGUCCCGUCUUCUCUAGAAUCUCGAAAUGGCUCCUAAGGCAGCUGAGAAGAAGCCAGCAGCAGAGAAAGCCCCAGCGGAGAAGAAGCCAGCUGAGAAGAAGCCAGCAGCAGGGAAAGCCCCAGCGGAGAAGAAGCCAAGAGCCGAGAAGAAGUUGCCUAAAGAAGGAGGAGCGAUUGACAAGAAGAAGAAGAGGGCAAAGAAGAGCGUUGAGACCUACAAGAUCUAUAUCUUCAAGGUUUUGAAACAAGUCCACCCUGAUAUUGGGAUUUCAAGCAAGGCUAUGGGUAUCAUGAACAGUUUCAUCAAUGAUAUCUUUGAGAAGCUUGCUCAAGAGGCUUCAAGGCUCGCUAGGUAUAACAAGAAGCCCACCAUUACUUCUCGGGAGAUCCAGACUGCUGUCAGAUUGGUUUUGCCUGGAGAGCUUGCGAAACAUGCUGUUUCUGAAGGGACCAAGGCUGUCACCAAAUUUACCAGCUCAUAGGCCGCGCUAGGCUUUGUUGGGUUCUGGAUUUGGGUGUUUUGUAGGUGACAUGAUCUAUGAAAUAGCUUUUCUGUUGAAGCAUAGGUUUAGGUUUUAGUGGAUUUGAUGCAGGAAGUUUACUCUUCAUCAAAGAAACUUGAAUCUUGUUCAUAAUUUUUCUUUGAUUACUGGGUUUGAAUGAUGUUGAUUCCUGCU